AUGUUAUUGUUCACAACCUCAAGGGUGUCUGGUGUCGGGGUCUCUGAAGCCCCCGAAGGAAUACCCAUAACUCAUCCUCCUGUUGUACCUUCCACACUUAAAACCAUGCCUCGACCAUUCCACUGCGUGGACUUUGCCUGCUGUAUUUUCGUUUCAUUUGCAUCUUUUGCUUCUAACAUUUCAAACCAGAUCCAGCCUCCAAAAGCAACUGUUGUUCAAGACGAGGAGGACAGGGACUGGAAUUUACAGUUUGUGCAGCUGAGGCCAGUCCCACCUUACACCCUGCUGACAAACACUGAGGACUACCCAUACAUGCCCAAACCCAGUGACCGACAGCCCUCUCGCCUUCUGCUUCUCCUGGGAUCCUCUUUUGACCUGUUCUGGGUGUCUAUAGAGCAGCCUUUCGAAGCCACUGAAGGAAAUCCGUCCGUGCUUGGGAAAUGAUCAAAUUACACCGCUGCGAGAAAGAAAUUCAACUCGAGCGCUUCUCCGGAGCUGAGAGAGGCGCGGCAGAAACUGGUGGAGGAAGGUGCAGAUCUGGACCUAGGUCUGUCCUCACCGGUCGCCAGUUCACUCAGACACUGGUUAGUGCGUGUGGUGGAAAUUUGUGGAUUGAAUGCGCUCAGUGUGGAUCUGGGUCUGGCUUUCUGGCCACGUCGGGUGCCCCAGACUGAUUGUGAAACGUCUGAUGGGUUGCCCAGUUGUUCCUUUCCAGUUGGGAUGUAGUGUGUGCCAGCUCAGACAGUUCGCAUAAAGAUUCUGGCCUGGCACUGCUGGGAAAUCAGAGAGGGAGAUGUUUCGAGAGGGAAUACAUCGGACAUAUCUGAUGGUGGAAUUGAGAUGGGGGCUGGUGAAAUCACCCAACAGUGCAUUUGGAGGCCGGUGCUUUAUCCCGUGGUCUUCUUGUAAAUGAAUGUUUUGCUCACUGGCUUAAAAAGUUCCAUUCCUGUGAUAUUCCAGAUGUUUAAAAGCAUUUUAUAUUGUCAUUGAGCUGUUUCAUGAAUGACAUUGAGCUUAUCAUUGAUGAAAUCAAAAAUGUGUCAACGGAUUUUCCAAACCUCAUCACAUUUGCUUAUAAUCAAUUAGUAAGACAUUGCACGUUAAUGUUGCUGGCUUUAAGCAGAAUGAAAUGCAAACUAUUUCCUCCUGAUAAAUUGUUACUUAAGCAACAUUCGUGUUUCUUUUCUAAAGGUGGUGAUCUUUAGUACAGGAAAAUCUAAUAUAUAGGCCUAUAGAAUUCUAUAGAACUCUGUACUAUUGAAAGGUCAACUCAACAGCAAAUGUCUGCUGACUUUCUCACAAGUCAUAAAUAAAGCCAAAUAUUGAUGUUAAGAUGUUUUCUAUAUUUAAUCAGUAUUCAUUUUAACCAUUGAUAUCCUAAUAAAGCUGUUUAUACUGUGGGUUCCUUUGUCUAUUUGGGAGUUGCGUUUGCAAUAAAUAAAAACAUUUUCA